GUUUGUGUACUAACUCUUUCAUGUCACGUGGAUGUAUAUAUCACCUACAUUCUUCAUUAUUGGCAAGACGUGUUUGUCCUGAGGAUGUUUGGCGCGUGUUUAUGGGGCGUAUUCAAGCAGACAUCCAGGCUACUAACAAUAAAUUAUCUGUAUCAUCGCUUGGUCUUCCUCCUACCAAUUCAUUAAUUAGCACUUCAUUCGUGAUUGGCUCGCAACACUCGACUAUGAAUCAAAAUACUUUCAACUUUAUGACUAGUGUUCCAGUGGUUGUCAAAGACAAUUUUUGCGUGAAUCACCGAAAAUUACCACUGAAAACAACUUGUGCUUCAAAAUCCUUGGAAAACUUUUGUCCACCGUAUGACGCUGCUGUUGUAUCUUCUCUUCUGAAAUCAGGUGCUUUCAUUAUGGGAAAGUCGAAUAUGGAUGAAUUUGCAAUGGGUUGUGGAUCUACAAGUAGUGCACUGGCUGGUCCUGUUAUUAACCCAUGGUCUGGGAGAUUACUUUCGAAUAGUAAAGCUGGUAGUACAACUCGUCUCAUCUCUGGUGGGAGUUCUGGGGGUAGUGCAGCUGCAGUCGCCGCUGGUCUUUGUCUAGCCGCUGUUGCUUCGGAUACCGGUGGCUCCGCACGGUUACCUGCUGCAUAUUGUGGAGUUGUGGGCUUGAAGCCAACUUACACCUUCAUUUCUCGUUACGGUCUGAUCCCACUAGUGAAUAAUUUAGAUGUGCCUGCCAUCGUUGCUCCAUCUGCUUAUGAUGUUUCUAGUGUUUUACUGAGCUGGCUGUUACCAGAAAAUAACUCUGCGAGAGCAGGUGAUGCCACUUGUUGUCAACUUUCACAGUCUUUCUUGAAACGCAUUUGCAGUGAGUUGCACGAUGUUGCUAAAGGGAAUUUGCAAUUCAAUCGCGACACCCAUCCUCUGCGCAUAGGCAUUCCUCUGGAGUACCAUGUUCCUGGUCUUGAUGAAGAGAUAUGUUCCAUGUGGGACAUGGUAGCCGGGUGGUUAGCUGAUCAUUUUUCCUGUUCUGUACAGUUAGUCAAAUUGCCGCAUACUCCUAUGGCUACAACUGUCUACUCAGUUCUGUGUGCAACAGAGGUGGCAUCAAAUAUGGCUAGGUACGAUGGACUAAAGUAUGGAUUUUCUGCAAAGAAAUUGUCCAAUGAUCAGGAUGACUUCAAAACAAGAAAUGUAACAAUGCAGUAUUCUGAAACUCGUUCAAUUGGUUUUGGUGACGUUGUACGUGACAGAAUAUUUGCUGGUAAUUUCUUCCUUCUUCGAGAUCAACAGUGUCGAUAUUUAGCUGCCGCCCGACGUUUAUGGCGUUUGAUCAAGGAGGACUUUAUUAAGGUUUUCGAAUCAGUGGACUUCAUACUCACACCGGUAUCACCCAACCUCCCUAUAAGUAUCGAUGAGUUCUCAAAGCUAGACAAUCGUACUCGCACUACACUUGAUGAUGUUUGUACAGUGGCUGUAAAUUUGUCAGGAUUACCAGCCGUCUCAUUUCCCGUUGGUUUAUCUCCUACUCGCGGUUUACCAAUUGGUUUGCAAUUGAUCGGUCCAUAUUUUUCAGAAUCUCGGUUGUUAUCACUCGUUGCCAAGUUAGAAAAUCUAUCUAAUUUUCAACCUUUAGUUGAUCAUAAAUCCAUUAUCGAUUCUAUCUGA